AUGUGCUCAGAGACUGAAGGGGAAGGAUAAAAUGACAUUUAGAAUGAACCUAUGAGGGGAGAGAGCGAAAGAGGGUGCAGACACAGGAAAGAUAAAAAAUACUCUAGGCUUUAGUACACUCGUGCUGAAGCACUGAGCUAAGCGCUUAGCUUUUGCUCUCAUAGAAUUUAACAGUUUGAGUGGCCUAUUGUGAUUGAAGGUCUGAGUGAGCCAGCAUAGAAGGCUACCUAGUCUACAGCGAAGACGAGGGACAAGUUGUGUCAGUAAGCCAAUAUGACGAAAUCUGGGGUGUGAACCAGCGGUGAAUUUUGUCCAGUAACGUGUAUGUGUGUGGACUGGUCUCCAGUUUGGUUCAGGAUCCCUGCAAUAGGUGCUACUGUGCAGGUAUGGAUUCUACUACAGUAUGCACGGUGGUGGGUGGUCUACUGGUUCUGUCAGUGAUCAUCCUCACAAGUCUGUGUCUAUACUGCAAAGGAAACAGCCAACAAAAGAAAAUAACACAGCCCUACAAUCCACACCCUAAUCAAAUGAACCAUGGAACAACGUUCACAGUAAUUCGCCCAUUUACAGAUAAUGCAUGUUCCAAUACCUUAUCUCCAGUGGAUCAACCUCACUUUAUCACUUCCCCAUCAGUGCAUGGCUCAAAUCGUCGCUCUCCCUGUCCUUCCCCUGAUGGAAGUCAGAGUGAUUAUGUCAAUGAAGAAGAUGGAAAUGGCUAUGAGCUGCCCCCAGAUAGUGAUAAGAAUAACGACUACCUAGAUGUGCUACCCGAUGAAACACGCGUGUCCCAGCCUAGUCUGGCAUCUUCUACCAAUUCAGGGCAAAAUUAUGAGAAUGUCCGGCCUGAAGAAAAAUCAAUUAGUGAUGAUGAUGAUUCAGACAGCCAACAAUAUAUGAAUGUCAAAGAUAACAAAGAAAUCAUCAGCCAAACCCCAAUUGGAUCGUUUGGGAGUUGCAGCAGUGAUGGUCAGGACAGCUCUGACUAUGUGAACGCCCCACAACAAGUUACCAUCCAUCUAGGCUGAUUCAAACGAACAGGAGUCAAGAUGAAGCUUGAAUCACAUCCGUGAAGAUCGUAUUGAGGAUUGUUUUUUAAAGCAUACUAUACAAUCAACUUGACAGAGUUGAUAUUUUGUAUUUAGUAUACUUUUUAAAAAAAUGCUCUCAUGCAGUAUGGACAUUUGUGAUAAGUCCUAUAAAGAAUUGUUUUGUUAGUUUACUGUACUUCAAAGUCCUGUUGAUAGGAUAUGCUGACAAUUCCUGAGAAUAUUCCUUUUAAAUCACUUAUUGUUUCUGACUUUGGCUAUAUUAUAUCAUAUAAAAUAUUUGACUUUUUAUUCCAUAAUUACAAUGAAACCAGCUAUUUUUCAUUGGUUGUUGUAUAUGAAACAAUAUAAUCCUUUCUUACACUGCACCCGUUUGUUUUGAAUAUUGAAUAUGCAGCGACCUUCUUCUGCAGUGUGCUCUCAAGAAUUGGGUGCAUGUGAGGUCAUUACUACUGUAUAUUCAAGACUAGGAAGAGUGAUAUACAUACAGACAUAUAUAAUCAGGUAGCACCUGUUAUGCUUGUUUGUUUUUUAUGUAUUACAUUGUUAAAAUUGUAUCAGAUUUAGUUUUGUCCAUCUUGCUGUUCAAAGGCAAUUAGCAUAGCUAAAGGGUCCUGUGGGCAAAAUGUUGAUAGAGAUUUGCUAGAUGCUAUAUGAUUUAUAACUGGUAUAUAAACACUUCUUUAAUCUAAAUAACAUUUUAAGACUAGAUACAGUCAAGAUGAAGACACACAAAACACCAGCUUGGAGAGUUUGAAAUUUUAUUUAUUUUUUUGUCCAUUUUUUAUUAUUUAAUAAUUAAGGGUUUGAGGAAGAAGGGAGAAAUCAUACUAUCUAUCUUUAUAAAAGGUCUCAAUCUUU